AUGGUGGCCUUUGAUUUCUUGGGACCUCUACCACAAACCAAGAAAGGAAGACAGUAUGUGUUUCUGGUGGUUGAUCUGUUUAGCAGGUAUGCUGAAGCAUAUGCACUAACCGCUGCAGAAACGACAGCUCAGGGAUGUUCCGCAAUACUGGUCCAACAGUAUAUCCCUAGAUGGGGUUGUCUACACACCUUUCUGUCUGACAGAGGGGCAGAGCUUACCGCACCUAUGAGCAGGGAGAUAUACCGGAUGCAGGGAACGGUGAAAAUGUUUACUAGCUCAUAUCACCCACAGACGAAUGGCAUGGUGGAACGUCUGAAUCAUACCCUAUGUCAAAUGCUGUCUCAUCUAAUUGCAGAUGACCAGAAGAAUUGGGAUGAAUACUUGAGUACUGCAAUUGCAGCACACAAUAACAACAUGAGCAGGGGAACCGGAUUAUCUCCUAAUGAGAUCCACAUAGGUCGAUAUACCAGAUUACCGAUGACGAUCUUGGAAGGUCGUGGGGUGCAGGGUCACCAGAGCUUUACACAAAAUCAGCUCGACUAUCUCGAAUUAAUGAGGGCUCGACAAGGUAAAGCCUAUGAUCUGGUUAAAGAAGAAGACCGAUUGAUCAAAGCUAAACACGCUAAGGCUAAUGAAGCUUUGGUGAAGGAGCUCAAAACCAGGCGCCCUAAAAUUGAGGCGAACGAUUGGGUGUGGUUAUAUAAUGAUCAGAGCACUAUAACUGGAGGAGGGAAACAUGUGCUGAAACCUCAAACAAUCAAGUCUGGAGAGAGAAAAUCCUUUGCUUUGGUGUCCAAGUUGGCAUACUGUUGGACUCGGCCAUAUCGGGUGUUAUUUGUUGGACCUGGAACCGCGCCUGAUGGCAGAGAGGUGGGGCCUAAACUGGUGCUCGUAGAUGUACGAAAGAAUGAACCGGGAAAAGGCAUAACAUCUCGGGUAUCUUUAUUGAGGGUGAAGUAUUUUAGCCCCCAUUCAGAGGAUGACAAGCCAAGAUUUUUACCGUGGGCCAUGAAUGAGAACGGCGUGCUGCUCCGGAACAAGAAUGCCAUCCUCAAGCGGUGGCGGAGAUUCUUCGAUACCCUCCUGAACUCCAAGUCCCCCACCCUGAACCCAGACGUUGUCGAACAGGUGACGCAGCGACCAGCGACGCGCGCCACCCGACGCCUGGCGGCGGUACCAGACCUCGAGGAGGUUGAGGUGGCAACGAAAGGUUUGGGGAACUGGAAGGCGGUUGGCCCCGACCUCCUUGCCGCCGAACUGCUCAAGGUCGACGGCGACGACGAGCCCGUUGUACUGGAGCGCCUCCGUGCCAUCUUCGUCGAAGUGUGGAAUGGGGGAGAGAUGCCGCAGGAGUGGAAGGAUGCCAUCAUUAAGGUGUUGUACAAAAAGGGUGGCCGGUCGAACUGCAACAACUUCAGGGGCAUCUCGCUGCUCUCGCAUGUAGGCAAAAUACUCGCCAAGACCAUCACCAACCGCCUGAGCGCAUUCUGCGAAGCCAACGAAAUCCUCCCGGAGGAACAGUGCGGGUUCCGGCCUGGCCGAUCCACGGUAUGCAUGCUGUUCGUUGUGCGCCGACUCCAGGAGCUGGGGCGGAGGAGGAGAAUCCCGCUCUACAUGUGCUUCAUCGAUCUGCAGAAGGCCUACGACUCGGUGGACCGGGAGCUACUGUGGAAGGUGCUGGCCCGGGCCGGGAUCCCCGGGGAGAUGAUCGCCGUCAUCCGCAAGUUCCACGUCGGAAUGCGGGCCCGGGUCCGCACGGACGAUGGGGAGCUAUCGGACUGGUUCCCGGUCACGCAGGGAUUACGACAAGGGUGCUCAAUGUCCCCACUGCUGUUCAACGUCUUCUUCGCAGCGCCUCUCGAGAUCAUUGUCACACGGUUCAGCCAAGAUGAGGUUAUCGUGCGGGAUCUAGUGUACUUGAAGGAGGAGGAACGGAGGGGGGAGGGAUUGCUGGACCGAGUCCGGAGGGCGGUGUGGGGGAUGCUAUAUGCCGACGAUGCCGGCGUUGUGUCGAAGUCCGCCGACGGCCUGGCGAGGAUGAUGACCAUUAUCGUGGAGGUGUUCCGGGAGAUCGGGCUGACGGUCGACCGCCGCCGCCGCCGCCGCCGCCGCUGA